AUGUCCGGAACGGUGUCAGAUCUUUCUCUGGUGCAUUGGAAACAGCAGUGGUUGGAAAAUGGCACCCUCUACUUCCAUGUGUCCAUGAGCAGCGCUGAACAACUUUCCCGGGCCACGCCACCGAGCCUGCAAGAACCUUCGGAGAUUGUGGAUGAGCAGAUGCACAUUCUACACGUGUCUGUCAUGGGUGGGCUGAUUGCUCUCCUUCUGCUGCUGCUGGUCUUCACCAUCGCCCUGUACGCCCAGCGGCGCUGGUACAAACAGUGCCGGGUGCCCCACAAGAGCGCCAGUUCUGAGGCCACCCACGAGAUCCACUACAUCCCCUCUGUACUGAUUGGCUCCCAGGGCAGGGAGAGUUUCCGGAGUUCACGCCUUCAAGGUCACACCUCGGUCAUCGGCAUGCCCAUCCGGGAGACCCCCAUUUUGGAUGACUACGACUACGAGGAGGAGGAGAACCCUCUGCAUCCGGAGCUCGGCUACCGAGACGGCGAAUUCGGGAGUCAAACCGGGGUGCCGCUGGACAGCUCGGGCCGGAGCGGAGAGAAACUGGUCUACGAAAAGAAAGCUACAGAGGUGUCUCAGGAAACAGUGGAGACCCUGAUGCAGAAAUUCAAGGAGAGUUUUCGGACCAACACACCCAUCGAGAUUGGCCAGUUGCAGCCCGCUGCGCGUAGCGCCUCUGUCGGGAGGCGGAAACGCAGGAACCGGCAUCGAGGCGGUGUUGGAUUCGGUCACACCAAGGGUAACUCCGGUUCCGAAGCAGAUGACGAGACCCAGUUGACUUGCUACACCGAACAGUACCGAAGCCGCCGACGUAGCAAAGGUUCCCUCAAAAGCCCGGUGAACAAGACAGCCCUUACCUUAAUUGCUGUGAGUUCUUGCAUCCUGGCCAUGGUCUGUGGCACCCAGAUCUCCUGUCCACUCACGGUCAAAGUCACCCUUCAUGUUCCUGAGCACUUCAUUGCUGAUGGAAGCAGUUUUGUGGUGAGUGAGGGCAGCUAUUUGGACAUCUCCGACUGGCUGAAUCCUGCGAAGCUCUCCCUGUAUUAUCAAAUCAAUGCCACGUCCCCGUGGAUCCGUGAUCUUUGCGGGCAGAGAACGAUGGACGCGUGUGAGCAUCUCUGUGAUGAUGAGACUGGUGAAUGCAGCUGCCAUGAAGGAUAUGCUCCUGACCCCGUACAUCGACAUCUUUGUGUCCGCAACACCUGGGAACACAGCGAAGGCCCCUGGCCAUACACAACUCUGGAGAGAGGCUAUGAUUUGGUAACGGGUGAACAAGCUCCUGAGAAAAUUCUUAGGUCUACCUACAGCCUGGGCCAAGGUCUUUGGCUUCCUGUGAGCAAAAGUUUUGUGGUUCCACCGGUGGAGCUUUCAAUCAAUCCAUUGGCUAGCUGCAAGACGGAUGUCCUUGUGACGGAAGACCCAGCAGAUGUAAGGGAAGAAGCAAUGUUGUCGACCUAUUUUGAGACCAUCAACGACCUUCUCUCUUCCUUCGGACCGGUUCGGGAUUGUUCUCACAAUAACGGAGGCUGUACCCGCAACUUCAAAUGCGUAUCGGAUCGUCAAGUGGACUCAACCGGUUGUGUGUGCCCUGAGGACUUGAGACCCAUGAAGGAUGGGACCGGCUGCUACGACUACUCCAAGGGGAUUGAUUGCUCAGAUGGCUUCAACGGCGGCUGCGAGCAGCUAUGCCUUCAGCAAACUCUCCCUCUCCUGUGGGACCCAACCUCCAGCACCAUCCACAUGUUCUGUGGUUGCGUUGAGGAAUACAAGCUAGCUCCAGAUGGCAAGUCCUGCCUCCUGUUGUCGGACAUCUGUGAGGGCCCCAAGUGUCUCAAGCCAGAUGUGAACUUCAACGACACUCUCUUUGGAGAGAUGCUUCAUGGCUACAACAACAGGACCCAACAUGUCAACCAAGGGCAGAUCUUCCAGAUGACAUUCAGGGAGAACAAUUUCAUCAAGGACUUUCCCCAGCUGGCUGAUGCGUUGGUAGUCAUUCCUUUACCGGUUGAGGAACAGUGUCGUGGAGUGCUAUCAGAACCUCUUCCCAACCUCCAAUUGCUAACUGGUGACAUUCGAUACGAUGAAGCUAUGGGAUACCCUAUGGUUCAACACUGGAGGGUCCGAAGUAACCUGUACAGAGUGAAGCUCAGCACCAUCGCCCUCUCGUCCGGUGUGGAGUACCUUCGCAAGUGCCACAAUCAGAUCCCCGCGGGAAUCCACGCACAUGCCGGCGAUGCAGCGGAAGUCUUCGUUCUCGGAGAAAAAGUGACUGAUUUGUCGGCCCAGCUGUCCAUCUGGACCGACGGAGCCGAUGGAAAAGCCGCCCUCCAGGUGAUGCUCGUGUUGGCGGUUCUCCAGAUUCAGACCCAGCCCCUGGGUGAAGUAGAUGGUCCCUUCGGCGUCGCAGGUGACAAAUUUAGGACGCACCGCGCUGCAGAGGCAGCUGUACUUCACUACCCCGACACCCCGGUCCACCGUGAAGCACCACAACUUGCCUCCUUCCACGUCGGUCACCACAAACUGCCCGGAGGGCAGGGCGGUGAUGCCCCAGGGCUUGCUCAGCUGGCUUCGGUGGCACACCACGCAGUGUCCGUCCAUGGUGUACACUUUCAUCGAGUUGUCGUAGCUGUCGGUCACCCCGAUCAGCCCGUGGCAGUUCAUGGUGACCGACAAGGGUGUCAGGUUGGGAAGAUCGGCUCCGAGGAAGCUGAGCACAAAACUGUCUAUGCCGCUGGGGCUACGCCGAAUCUCCUUCAAAAAACCCUUGCGAGUGAAGACUUGGAUCCGGAAGUUGCCCCGGUCCGCCACGAGGACCUCUCCCUGCGGUGUGACGUGCAGGCUGACUGGCAGGUUGAAGAAACGACAGAACUUGGAAACAAGAAAGAGCUGAAGUCCAUGCCGUUCAUCACCUACCUCUCCGGGCUGCUGACCGCCCAGAUGCUCUCCGACGAUCAGCUGAUCUCCGGCGUGCAGAUCCACUGUGAAGAAAAGGGCCGCUGCCCGUCGACCUGCCAUCUCUGCCGCCGGGCGGGCAAGGAGCAGCUGAGCCCCAGCCCCGUGCUGUUGGAGAUCAGCCACAUCGUCCCGUUAUACAUGCUCAUCCAGGACAACGAGACCCGGGAGGCCUUCAAGGCAGCCCUCAUGAGCUCCUACUGGUGCUCCGGGAAAGGAGACGUGAUUGAGGAUUGGUGUCGGUGUGACCUGAAUGCCUUUGAUGACAACGGCCUCCCCAGCUGCAGCCCACUUCCCCAGCCUGUUUUGCGUCUUUCUCCCACCGUGGAGCCUUCCAGCACAGUCGUCUCCUUGCAGUGGUUAGAUGUCCAGCCAGCCAUUGGAACCAAAGUCUCUGAUUAUAUUUUGCAUCACAAAAAGGUGGAUGAAUACACCGACACCGACCUGUAUACAGGAGAGUCCUUGAGCUUUGCGGAUGAUUUGCUGUCCGGCCUUGGGACCGCCUGCGUUGCUGCCGGGAGAACUCACGGGGACAGCCAAGACGGUCAAGAAAUGUACUCGGUCAUUUUCAAAUGCUUGGAACCUGAUGGAUUGUACAAAUUUACCCUCUACGCUGUAGACACUCGUGGGAGGCACUCCGAACUCAGCACCAUCACGCUAAGAACGGCCUGUCCACUGGUGGAUGACAGCAAAGCAGAAGAGAUAGCCGAUAAGAUCUACAACCUGUACAAUGGCUACACCAGUGGGAAGGAGCAACAGACCGCCUACAACAUCCUUAUGGAGGUCUCUGCUUCCAUGCUUUCCCGGGUCCAGCAUCAUUACAAUUCCCACUACGAGAAGUUUGGGGACUUUGUCUGGCGUAGCGAGGAUGAGCUCGGCCCCAGAAAAGCACACCUCAUCUUACGACGGCUGGAGAGAGUCAGCAGCCACUGUUCCAGUUUGCUACACAGCGCCUACAUCCAGAGCCGGACUGAUACUGUGCCCUACUUAUUCUGUCGAAGCGAGGAGAUUCGGUCUCCCGGCAUGAUCUGGUACAACGUCCUCAAAGACACCAAAAUCGCCUGUGAAGAGAAGAUGGUCUCUCUCUUGCGCAACCUGUACGGCGACUCCAAGGGACGAUGAAAAACCCGGCCGGCUAAGCAAGGGACGAUGGAGCACAGGCACCC